GUUCACAAUGACAAAGCUCUCAAAAUAUUAAGUACACUUUCCUUUAAAAUCGCUUUUAUAAGAAUGCUAAUACAGGUUUUAGUGUUUUUUUUACUUUAUCGAAAUACUUACGAAGAUUGUAAUCAUAAUCAUUCGGCUGUCGAAGAUCAUUACGAUUGUGGAUGUUGUCCGGGCAUAAGUAACAACAAUGGCCAGGUGGUUGGGUUCCAUUGCCAUAAAGAUGACCAAAACUCAAUUUUAAGAUUUGCAUCGGAUGAGGAAAGUGCGUUUGCUGAAUGUGUGCCAAACUGUUUUGAGAUAAAAUAUCCCAUUCAGGAAUACUGCUGUUUCUGGUCACCGAAGCUGGGCUGUACGAUACUAGUCAAUGAAAAGUAUUUCAGCAAUAAAGACUUGUGCAAUAACUGCAAGUAUUUUUGCCAAAGAACUACAGGAGAUGGGAGGAGCUCUAGUUAUCCACAGAAACUUAUCUUGCUACUCUCAUUACUGCUGAUCGGUUGCAAUUACUUUCAGAACUAAAGUUCAUAAUUGACCUGCUUCUUCAAUAAAGAGAGUUACUUUGCAUUAAUCCUAGGACCUACUCAACCCCCGUCAAAAGACCCGGAUGAGUUAAUCAAAAAUUAAUAGUGAAAGUAACUCUUUGGUCAUCAUUAUCAUAGUUAUCAUUAUGAACUGUGCCCAGGCCGGGGUAAAUUUAAUUAAAACAACAAACGCGCGAUGUUCCAAAGAAAGCAGCCGUCGCUGGAAAUUGUACGUGGAAACGGAAGUGGAAAUGGGGAGACCCCGAUGUUAUCGUGACAAGCCCAAAUUAAGUAGCGCACGGGGUUACAUCAGCCAGCCAGGGGACAAAACCGGCGGGUUGGGCACUCAAUUUAAAGACCAAACCAAGGCAACCAGCGAAUAUGGCCAUGAGUUGGCCAGAAGAUGAAUGGCAACCGAGCCGGAGGCUCAUUUCAUAGACCAACACCCAAAACGAAAAUUUAAAUACAUUCUACACCCG